AAUGCUAAACUGAAAAUAUAUAUUUCCCAAUAUAAUUUGGUACUAUAUAUUUCAGUCCCUAAAGCAGACAAACUUUCUGCUGGCAGAGAAAAAGUUAAAAAAAUAUUGACCAGGAAGCCCCUGUUGCAGUACACUGGGAACUGAACUGAACUUCUCAGUUGUAGCAGAGCCCUAAGGGGAGGAUUUCACAGUGUGACUGUGGGCAGAGCUGGAUUCUAAUCAUUAAUCCCAUGAACGCCAUUCCUGGCCAACAAAGAAAGGUGGAAAAGUCAGAGGGAGGGAGGAAAGAGUAAAAACAGGCAGUCAGGGAGGGAGAGAAGACGGAAAGUGAGAGCAGAGUGGAAAAAAAGGACAAACAUGUCACAGGGUCCAUCAGCCACAAUGUACAAUCACAGCCGAUAUGGCAGCCCUCCAGUCUACAGCCCCCCAAGUGCUUAUCAUCAUCAAAACAGCCAUGCCCCAGGAUCUUUUGCUUACCCCAUCCAAUCUCCCCAUCCCAACUCAUUCUACCAGGAGGAUAUACCUCCACAAAAUUUCUACAAAUGGAAAUCACCUCCUGGGAUAGUACGAAUCCUACAGGGAACUAUAGUUUUCCUCUGCGUGGCUAUCUUUGCCUGUGUGGCUUCCACCUUGGCUUGGGAAUAUAACUACGGGGGGAUGAUGGGUACUAUGGGAGGAAUGGGGGGCUAUUAUGGAGGGUAUGGUUAUGGAUAUGGCUCUGGUUAUGGAUAUGGCUCUGGUUAUGGCUAUGGGAUGACUAAUCCUCAAGCUGCAAGUGGCUUUAUGAUGGCCAUGGCAGUGUUGACUUUUAUUGCUAACCUUGGGCUGUUCAUAGCAAGUGUAUCCAAAACUAGUGGUUCCAGGUCACGAAAGUUCUUUAUGAUUAUACUUGUGCUAAGUGCCGUUCUGGCCAUACUGGACCUCAUUGCCACGAUUGUCUAUGUAGUUGGGGUUAAUCCACGGUCCCAGAUGGGCGGCAGCUUAUAUUAUAGUCAAAUGAUGAUGAUGUGUAACCAGAUUUACUCUCCUGUAUCUUCUGGAAUAGGCUUUGCCAAUCAGUAUCUAUAUCACUACUGUAUGGUGGAUCCGCAGGAGGCCAUUGCCAUUGUCUGUGGGUUUAUCAUAGUCAUUUUACUGUGUGUUACAUCCUUCUUUGCUUCAAAGACAAGACGCAAGAUCUGGCAAUAUGGACAACCAAACAUUAACUGGGAUAAACCUGUUACCUCUUUCCAGGAAGGGCCCAACGUAGAGGAGUGGGUAAAGAAUGUUCCAGAUGGUGCCCCAGAUGACACAGCCACUCUAAUUUAUUCUGAGAAACCCCAAAGUCCAGUAAAGGCUUUGAGCAAUAACAGUAUCUACAAACCACCAGAAGACAGUUUUGAGGCAAGAGAAUCACCUCCAAUGAGCAGCUCUCCUGUGUCAGACAGUGAGCCCCAGGAGCAGAGCAGAAGCAGACCUCCAGUCCGCAGGGGCAGGAGAAGGAGGCGAAACCCAGAGCUGGAUGAAUCUCAGUACGAGACAGACUAUACUACAGCUGUGGAAUCUGGUGAUGACAGAGAUCUUGGAGAGUGGGACAGUCUGUACCCUCCAAUUGAGUCAGACAGUCAACGCCAGGAAUAUAAAAGAGAAUUUGACUCUGAUUUGCGUAGAUACAAAGUGAUGUGCGCGGAAAUGGAUGAUAUCAACAAUCAGUUGCAGCAGCUCAGCAAACAGCUGGAUGGGCUCACAGAGGGCACCACACAGUACCAGGGGGUUGCUGAGGAGUACAACAGACUGAAGGAUCUUAAAAGAACCCCUGAUUAUCAAACCAAGAAAAUGGAGACAAAACAACUUCGCAACAAGCUGUUUCACAUAAAAAGGAUGGUGAAUGAUUAUGACAAGUCAAAGGGUUAGGUUAAGUAGACCAACAGGCACCCACAAGAGGGCAGUACGGUAUAUAUGGACUAUACAGCAUGGACUGCAUAUUUCAACUCUUCAACUUAUUUUCACUGUCUCACAUAUUAAUGUGCGGGCUUCUUUCUUGAACAAAAUUAUAUUUUUUACAGGAAUGACUAAGAAUGCUCAGAUCUUGUACAAUAGCAGUCAUGAUUGUGUUUAGUUUAAUAUGGCUGGUUGUAGCAUUUUCUAUUUACAUUGCCCUUUUAAGAUUGUAAAGAACUUUUUUUAUGUUGCUAAACCCCUUUCUGCCUGAUUGGUACAGGCUAAUAAUUUCCCAAACCUCACAAUGCAGCAAAAAACUAAUUUUCAUGCCAGGCGCCAAAAUUAGGGACAACAUUUUCUGCAGCAUCAAAAAUGCACAUGAAACUAACUUGAUACUCCAUGCUUUAAUCCAUCAUUGAUUUUGCUGCCUCGUUUAUGGUUGUGAUCAGACCUAUGCUUUAUCUGGAUGCUGACCAGGCCCUUUAACCAAUGACACAUAAAAAUAAGGAAUUGAACUUCUACUAAAGUGAGGUGCAUAUACCAUGUAUUCCAUCUCUGACCAUUGUUGCAUUAAAUUGGAAGAAGUUAAAGCAUGUGGAUGUUUGAUGGAUGGCAGAAUGUAUAAACACAGGGGAGCAGAUGGGAUAGGCUAGAGACAGGGCCCCCAUUUCCUAUUGUACUAGUGUAUAUGUGUGUCAUUUUUUAUGUCGGCCUGCUAUAUAUGAAAGUAAUAAAAAGUGGCUUAAUAGUUGUUUUCUUGGUGGAAAGGAAUGUGAAAAGUAGAAGAGGACUCGUGACAGGUAUUUUGAGAGGGAAAAAGCUUUUGAGAAAUACUAAAUAAAGCUAUAGAAAGUGAAUAAUGAAGAACAGUUGCUAAUAAGUUAUUAUAUGAUUAAUCUCCAGAAGUCAUUGUUGACUAAACUGAAAUUAAUACAAGCAACUCAGCUACAGACAAAGACCUAAACUAAUAUGUAAACAAAAGAAUGCUAACACAGACUUGCACACGAAAGUGUUAACUGCCAGGGCGAACUAACCUUUGUCAUUAAAAGCUAAAAAGGUAACCACAGCAGAAAAACUCUGGGACCUCGUGAAUGCAGUCAUUCCCAUACUCCCCCUACUGGGGAAUGACUGCAUAUAUAUAUGCUAAGCUAUACCCUAUAAAACCAACAUUUGAAAAUGUACAACAAUAAACUGGCAGAACAUCCACUGUGCCCUUUCAAGUCUAUGUAGAGUUGCAAUCAGUGGUACUACGACACAGCAAACCCCACAACUACAGGCAGAAGGUGGCAGGUAUGUUUACACCUUUUCCAGAAUAAAAUAAAUACUGGCCUUUCUAUAUUGUCAUAUUUCACAAUUGUUACCAGCUAGGCUGGAAUUAUUCUAGACAGGUGGUAACCCUAGGGAUGGGGGGGAUUAGACUGGUGCAUGGUUGUUCUUCUCCCCACCCACCUGUACCUAUUCCAUUUUUCCCCCUGCUGCAAACAAUGAGGAAACUGUGUGUAGGGAGACAUCCAGAAAAGUAAUAAGAUGGGCGAAAGAAUGUUUGUGCCAGGCCCCUGAAGAUUUUUUUAAAGGGGAUGUGGCCCUUACAAAUUUUACCACUGGUUGCAAUAGCAGCUUUUCGGCCAGGUAGUUGUCACCCGCAGGGGUGAAAGCAAUGAGGUAAAAGCAGAAUCUGAGGUUAUGACUAUACAGAGCCCUGUGAUAUGAAGAUAUUUGCACUUACUUAAGAGAAGUUGUUGUAAGCUCAUUUGGCCUUUGCUGUCAUCAACAUUAUAUGAAUAAAAUCUAUGUUCUAAAGGUA